AAAAGCAAUCAACUUCUUUAAUGAUGGCAACAUAAAUAUAUGUCAAUAAGAAUAAGGAGUUGCAUUUCUCAACUUUUUGACAAACUUUCUAAGUCCCUUACCAGGAAAUGUUGGCCAGGACAUGAAAACAGGAAGUUAUGCAUGGUGGUAGGGUAUGUGGGCACCGUCUCUGCUGAGCAGUUAAAGCCUGGGAAAGUUGAAGAUACUCUAUUCUAGAGCUGGUGAACAGCACAAUGCGCUAUGUAUGUCUGUGAUGUAUAUGUGGCAUCCUGGCAGCAGGUUUGGAUUCAUUUCCCCCGAAGGAUAAUGAAAUACUAUAUAGGGGUUAGAAUGAAUAGACCAGGUAGAUAGACUUGUUUACACAUACUGUAUCCACCCAGAUAACAAAAAGUUGCAACAGGAUAUGGGCUGAAUAAAUACAACUUAUGUAAAACUUCAAGAAUAGGAAAGCCAGUAGUGUGCACUGCCUGUGUAUGCACACAUGAUACGCAAUUCAUAGACAUAUUGGGGGGGAGCACGUGACACUUCACGAAUAAAUGAGAUGUCCUUGGCCUGGUGGUCUCCGUUUUUUUACUGAGAGCUUCAUAUUGCCCGGUUGCCUUCUAAGACAAGCUCCAACCCAGACACCCCCGGGGUUCUAUGAAGUGAAAAAAUUAUUCUGGCUUUUCCUCUAGGUUCCAGUUGGGGUUCAUUCAUCCCUAACUGUAACCAGGACACCUGCUCAGACUUAUUUUUCUUUUUUCAUUCCAUUCCCAAAUCUUGGCAGCUCCUGCAAAUUCAGUAAACGUGCGAUUCACUGAACCUGUCCAGGAAAGAGGGUUCUCUCUCAUGGUUGGAAAGAGUACAAGGGGGCGAAAACUGCAACUUGGGAUCAGCAAGCCACUCCCGGCUCGGCCUCAGUUUCCUCCUAAGUAGCCCGUCUAGCCCCUUCCAACCCGUGCCCUCAAAGAUUCCAGGAAUUCUGUCCUUUCUGGCCGAAAACAACACUGAGGCUUUUCACAAAGCACUCCCACCCCCACCCCUCGCUCCCCUUGGAUCCACAGCCCGCGUCCCUGGAACCCGGGCUGCACUGCGCUGGUCACAUGAACUCCGGCUUUCUGUGGUGUGACGGCUCUCUCCGAUCCCUUUGUGAGCGCAGGUUUUGAAAGCCAACGACCGGGUUCUGGGUUUGAGACGCGCAGGCGGCCGCGGGCGGAAGGCUGUCGGAGCCCAUCGGCCCGCCUCCAGACCCAGCGCGCCGCGCGCCCGGGAUUCCGCUCCGCCGCCUCCGCCGCCGCCGCUGCCCGCCGCUGCCCGCCGCGGCCUGGCCCGAGGGCGCCGGGCCGCCAAGACGCCAGGUCCAGCAGCUGGACAUGGAGGACGAUCGCUCGUCACCACUGUCAUUCUCCAGUGUCCCACACGAAGAGUCUGUGCGUCAGGCCCCUGCUCGACUCCCUAGAGAAACUGUGUUCCCUUCUUGCAUUCUUCCUCCAAAAGAAGUUCCUCCUUUGUCUCCCACUGCCUCCCGGCAAGGUGUCUUGCCCCAGACUGACAGUACUACUAAGCAAGAGACAUCCAGCCAGAUGUCACAUGUUCUUCAGAAAGGACCUUCACUCCUGUAUCCUGCCACUUCUGAGCAAGACACACCUCACCAGGUAUCCCUUGCUUCCCAGGAAGAAACCCAGUGCUCUCCUUCAGCAGCUGCUCAGGGGAUCCCCUUCCUCUCGCACUCCGCCCACCGUCAGGAAGCUCCACUCCACUCUCCUGAGGUUCCUGAGAAAGACUCGCUGACUCUCUCACCCACAGUUCCCGAGACCGACAUGGACCCCUUGCUCCAGAGUCCCACUUUGCAAAAGGACACUCCCUUCCAUACCUCUUCUGCCGCCCAGAAAGAACAGCCACUGCCCACUGCAGAGAUCACUCGAUUGGCUGUGUGGGCUGCUGUCCAAGCAGUGGAGAGGAAACUGGAGGCCCAGGCCAUGCGACUACUGACUCUGGAGGGCAGGACAGGGACAAAUGAGAAGAAGAUAGCAGACUGUGAGAGAACGGCUGUGGAGUUCGCAAAUCAUCUGGAGAGCAAGUGGGUUGUACUGGGGACCUUACUGCAGGAGUAUGGGCUGCUGCAGCGGCGCCUGGAGAACAUGGAGAAUCUGCUGAAAAACAGAAACUUCUGGAUCCUGCGGCUGCCCCCAGGCAGCAAUGGAGAAGUUCCCAAGGUUCCUGUCACAUUCGAUGAUGUCGCCGUCCAUUUCUCUGAGCAGGAAUGGGGAAAUCUCUCUGAGUGGCAGAAGGAGCUCUACAAGAAUGUAAUGAGGGGCAACUAUGAGUCUCUGGUCUCUAUGGACUAUGCAAUAUCCAAACCGGACCUCAUGUCACAGAUGGAGCGUGGAGAGAGGCCAGCCAUGCAAGAACAAGAGGAUUCUGAGGAGGGUGAGACGCCCACAGAUCCCAGUGCUGCACAUGAUGGCAUCGUGAUUAAGAUCGAGGUGCAGACCAACGAUGAGGGCUCAGAAGGUCUGGAGACACCAGAGCCACUGAUGGGACAAGUGGAGGAACAUGGCUUUCAGGACUCAGAGCUGGGUGACCCCUGUGGAGAGCAGCCAGACCUGGACAUGCAGGAACAAGAGAACGCGCUCGAGGAGUCCACGGAAGGCUCCAGCGAGUUCAGUGAGCUCAAGCAGAUGCUGGUGCAGCAGAGAAACUGCACGGAGGGGAUCGUGAUCAAGACAGAGGAGCAGGAGGAGGAGGAGGAAGAGGAAGAGGAGGACGAGCUGCCACAGCACUUGCAAUCCCUUGGGCAGCUGUCUGGGAGGUACGAGGCCAGUAUGUACCAGACCCCCCUACCUGGGGAGAUGUCCCCCGAGGGCGAGGAAAGCCCCCCACCCCUGCAGUUGGGCAACCCAGCAGUGAAGAGGCUGGCACCCAGCAUUCAUGGGCAUACGCAUGGGCAUGGGCACGGGCACGGGCACAGUGAACGGCACCUGGGUGAGAACCGUGGGAACUCUAGCCAGCAGCAGCGGAAUCGGCGUGGUGAGAGGCCCUUCACUUGCAUGGAGUGUGGCAAAAGCUUUAGGCUGAAGAUUAACCUCAUCAUCCACCAGCGUAACCACAUCAAGGAGGGGCCCUACGAGUGUGCCGAGUGUGAGAUCAGCUUCCGCCACAAGCAGCAACUCACGCUGCACCAGCGCAUCCACCGGGUACGCAGCGGCUAUGCCUCCCCUGAGCGCGGGUCAGCCUUCAAUCCCAAGCACUCGCUCAAACCACGUCCCAAAUCGCCCAGCUCAGGCAGUGGCGGCGGCCCCAAACCCUACAAAUGCCCUGAGUGUGACAGCAGCUUCAGCCACAAGUCAAGCUUGACCAAGCACCAGAUCACACACACGGGUGAGCGGCCCUACACGUGCCCAGAAUGCAAGAAGAGCUUCCGCUUGCAUAUCAGUCUGGUGAUCCACCAGCGUGUGCAUGCAGGCAAGCACGAAGUCUCCUUCAUUUGCAGUCUGUGCGGCAAGAGUUUCAGCCGCCCGUCGCAUCUGCUGCGCCACCAGCGGACUCAUACUGGUGAACGGCCUUUUAAGUGCCCGGAGUGCGAGAAGAGCUUCAGUGAGAAAUCUAAGCUCACCAACCACUGCCGCGUGCACUCCCGCGAGCGGCCGCACGCCUGCCCUGAGUGCGGCAAGAGCUUCAUCCGCAAGCACCACUUGCUGGAACACCGGCGCAUCCACACGGGUGAGCGGCCCUACCACUGCGCCGAGUGUGGCAAGCGCUUCACGCAGAAGCACCACCUGCUGGAGCAUCAGCGUGCGCACACAGGCGAGCGGCCAUACCCCUGCACGCACUGCGCCAAGUGCUUCCGCUACAAACAGUCGCUCAAGUACCACCUGCGGACCCACACGGGCGAGUGAGCAUGCGCCCCGCCCCUGCCCCGGCCAGAUGUGCAGCCAGGUGCAAGGGUCUAAGGCCCCUGGGACAGGUACCUCGGCUGCCCCCAGACUGAGCUCAGUGGGCGGGAGCGGGGCGCCCCAAGCCCUUCUGCUGUGAACCCUCCUUCCCUCCCGUCCCUUCUUCCCCAGGACGGGGUAGUGAGACCAGGUCGCUUCUUGCCUGCUUCCCCAGGGCCCCAGGGGGGAGUGCUUGGGCCUGGGGAACCCCUUCAGGCUGUUAAUUUCCUUGACAAUAAAAUGGAUGAAAACAAUCUGCACGGGGGCAGUGAUUUGGCUGCCAGCCACUCGCAGGCGCGAUGCAGGGCCAUUUAGUCGGGGAUAGAACUUUCUAAUUACCUUUUGGAUACUGUGGUUCUAUUUGAUAAUAAUAGAGUAAUUUUUAAAAGA